AUGGCGAGGAGCUUCCCACACCUACGCGAAAUCGCCGCUCACAUACCUCCCCCUGAACGAGAGGCCGGAGUACACCUGUUGAUAGGACGAGACGCCCCGGAGCAAAUGAAAGGCCCCGCGCAUGUCCUCGCCCGACGCACCACUCUCUCACCGGAAGUACCCAUAGCGGAACCUGAAAGAGAAACUGCAACCGACUACGAGCUAGUCCCCUGCCCUAACCAGCUUAAACUGACAGACGGGUUGCUUGGGCGCAACGCUCUCCCGAAAGAGGAGGAAGUCUUCGCAACCACUAAAGACGACGACGUGACCAGCCUGUCUAUAGACGACCAAAGAUUCCUGGAGAUAAUGGAAAAGGGGAUACACAAGAAUAGCAGUGGAAACUGGGAGAUGCCCCUUCCCUUCCGAGAUAGUAACCCAGAGAUGCCAAACAACCCCGCGCAGGCGAUGAGCAGACUCCAGAACCUCACGAGAUCCUUCGCAAGGAAGCCACAGCAAAAAACAGAUUAUGUUGAGUUCAUGGGAAAGGUGAAAACCAUCCGUGUAGUCUUCGACUCAAGCUGCGAGUUUGACGGCGUGUCCCUCAACAAAGUACUCCUGCCGGGACCCGACCUAAUGAAUAACCUUAUUGGAGUUCUCAUGCGAUUUAGAAAAGAAGAAGUGGCAGUCAUGUGCGGCGUGGAGCAAAUGUUCCACUCGUUCCACUUAAAUCCCGAACACAGGAACUUUCUCAGGUUCCUUUGGUUCGAAAACAACGACCCCGAAGCGAGGAUUAUAGAGUACCGAAUGAACGUUUACCUUUUUGGCAAUGGGCCAAGCCCCGCCGUUGCCACCUUCGGUCUUCGAGCCACAGUUAACGACGGCGAGGAGAAGUGCAGUGAAGCAGUCAGACAGUUCGUCAAUAGGAACUUCUACGUGGACGACGGGCUCGUCUCGGUAAGCACACCUAAAGAAGCCGUACAACUGGUGACAAACACACAAGCUGCACUCGCCACCAGAAACCUGAGACUACACAAGGUGGUCUCAAAUUCAGUAGAAGUCGUCCAAUCCUUCCCCGCCGAAGACCGGGCGAAGAAUCUCAAGGACCUAGACCUGAGCCAUGACGAUCUUCCAGCCCAAAGAUCCCUAGGGGUAUACUGGGAAUUACAGAGCGAUUCCUUCGCCUAUCGGGUCUCGCCUCCAGACAAGCCUUUCACUAGAAGAGGAGUCCUGUCUGUGGUAAACUCAGUUUACGACCCCCUAGGUCACGCUGCUCCAGUUAUGCUACAAGGGAAGAAGAUCCUCCAGCGCCUCAUAGCAAUGGGUAAGAAACCCGAAGACAACAGCGACCCCCCUGGCUGGGAUGACCCCCUCCCCCCGGUUAUGAAAGACAAGUGGACUCAGUGGAGAGAAUCACUAACCAGCCUCCAGGGCGUGAACGUUCCCCGCUGUUACCACCCUAAGGGAUUUGGAGAAGUUGUUAAAAGCGAACUUCAUGUGUUCUCCGAUGCCAGCCAAGACGCCAUCGGCAUUGCCGUCUAUCUACGCCUCAUUAACGUGCGAAAUCAAGUAAGCGUGUCCUUAGUCUAUGGACAAGCGAAAGUCGCGCCCCUGCAGCCGACUAGCAUACCGCGCCUCGAGCUUUGCGGCGCAGUCCUAGCUGUGCAAGCAGCGCACAGAGUCCUACGAGAAAUAGAUAUAGCAGUAGAGCGCGUGUACUACUACACAGAUUCUAAGGUUGUGCUCGGGUACAUCUCAAACGACAGUCGACGGUUCUAUACCUAUGUGGCGAACCGAGUACAAAUCAUCCGCAGCAUGACUUCGCCAGACCAAUGGUACUACCUCGAAAGCGCCCUGAACCCCGCCGACCAAGCAACGCGCGGACUGAAAGCGAGCGCGCUUAUGACCUCAACCUGGAUCAAGGGACCUGACUUCCUUAACCAAGGAGAAUAUGUAACUACUAAAGAGGAUAACGAGACCCUAGCACCAAAUGACCCGGAAGUAAGGAAAGAAGUGAAAGCUACCAAAACGGCGAAAACGCAUAAAACCGGCCUUGGAGCAGAUAGAUUUAAGCGCUUUUCCAGUUUCGAGUCUCUGCAGCACGCGCUAGCUAUCGUUAUCGCCUUUGUCCGGAGAUUCAAAUCUCGCCGAAACGCAACUAAGAAAGAAAUCAACCAGGAUGAUGACAGUCACAGGCAAUUGCCUAUUCCAAUCGAAAUUCUAAACCAAGCCACCGCAAUAGUAGUGCGCGAAGCGCAAAGAGAAGCCUUUGGCACACAAUGGCAACUACUCAAAGACGCCGGUCUACCUGAAGACGCCACAGACCGCGCAUCGCAAACCAAGAGAAAAGCAACCCUAAAAAGCUCAAACAUGUACCAGCUAGACCCCUUCGUAGACGAUCAAGGGCUGAUUCGCGUCCGAGGCAGGCUAAGACGAGCUGAUCUCGGCUACAUCGAGAGACACCCAGUCCUCCUCCCAAAUGACCAUCAUCUAUCGAAGCUUAUUGUCAGACACUUCCACCAAAGGGUCAAGAAACCAAGGUAG